AUGCAGGAGCUUGAAAAACACCAUCGGUUCAAGCUUAUGGAUUGCUUAGUCAAGGCACCAUUGCUAAAAUGGACAAUUAUUACAUUGGCCGUUUUUACACUGCAAGUGCUGUUUUUCCUGAUCGCGUAUGAACUGUCACGGUCGCACUUACAACGAUUGGCGUUUUCGCAAAACAAUCAACAUGAUCAUCUCCAAAGACGCGUUGACGGAUAUUUAGAAAAUAAUGCAACAGAUGCAGCUGUAGCAACCAAAAUGAGUUCGAUAGCUGGUUCCACCCGCACAGAAAGAACGUUUUUGUUUAAAGAAGGUCAAUUGGUUACGGACGUGAACUGUAAAGCCAUAUUUGAUGGCGACCACAACGAAAUUGAACGUGCUAAUCUUCUGACAAAAACAAUUGUGCGACAAUACUUACAGCCAAGUGCUUACCAGCAGUUGGCUCAAAAUUGUUCGUCAUUUAUACUCCAUAGGGGCUAUAUAACUAUUCCGAUGUCGGAGAUGGAACGCGAAUUUCCUGUGGCUUUUAGCAUUCUUAUGUACAAGGACAUAGAAAUGUUCGAGCGACUCCUUCGUGCCAUUUACAGACCCCAGAAUUUGUAUUGCAUUCAUGUGGAUGCUAAAGCCAGUGAUGACAUAUUUAAUGCAGUCGUGGCCAUUACGAAAUGCUUUGGAAAUGUUUUUAUGGCGUCACAAAGGAUUAGAGUGAAAUGGGGCAAAUUGUCCGUUCUUACACCAGAACUAGUUUGCAUGGAGGAUCUUCUGCAUCGCAGCAGUAAAUGGAAGUAUUUUAUUAAUCUGACAGGUCAGGAGUUUCCCCUGAAGUCGAACUUUGAGUUGGUUAAAAUUCUGACAGCCUUCAACGGUUCCAACGAUGCAGAAUACGCUGUACGAAGGAACUACUCCAACAGAUGGAAACACGCCGGCUCACCACCUCUCAAUAUCACGCCCGUAAAGGGGGCAGUGCAUGUCGUGCUCAGUCGGGCAUUCGUCCAGUUCUCCCUCCACGACGAGAAGGCCAUUGAAUUAUACGACUGGACGACAGAGACGAAAAUUCCAGACGAGACAUUUUUCGCUACCCUGAAUCACAAUCCAAGCCUUGGUGCCCCAGGGGCCUACACCGGUAAAAAACAGCGGGAUAAAAAUGCAAAGCCUUAUAUUGCAAGAUUUAAAAACAGAGGUGGAAUCCCGUGUGCGGGUAAAAGAGUUCGUCUCGUUUGUAUCAUAGGUACGGGGGACCUACCCCUACUGAUCAAAAGCAAAAGUAUAUUUGUAAAUAAAUUGCACCAGGACUUCCAUCCCUACGCUCACGACUGUCUGGAAGAGUUAAUUGCCAAUCGCACCAGAGAUUAUUAUUAUGGUCGUCAGACUUUUGACGCCAGCUAUUACACAUCUUUAGAUUUUGUGAAAAAUAAAGUUGAAUAA